AUGGCCAAGCACCACCGCACGCCGGCGCGCUCCGCCGAGCCCGUCAUCGAGGUCAAGAGCAAGUUUGACGCUGAAUUUCGCCGCUUUGCCAUGAAGCGCUCCGGCGCAGGCAGCUUCCAGGACUUCUACCGCCUGCUACAGACGGUGCACCAGAUCCCGCGGGUGGACGUGCUCCUGGGCUACACGGACGUCCACGGGGACCUCCUGCCCAUCAACAAUGACGACAACUACCACAAAGCCCUGUCCUCCGCCAACCCCCUCCUCAGGGUCAUCAUCCAGAAGAAGGCAGAGUCCGACGCCAGCGUCUUCGCCUCGAACUCCUUGCAGCGGAAGAAGAAGGGGCUGCUGCGUCCUGCGCACUACCGGGCCAAGCCUCACCUCCUCAUCGGCAUGCCCCAGGACUUCCGCCAGAUCUCCUCCAUAAUCGACGUGGACAUCCUGCCCGAGACCCACCGCCGCGUGCGGCUCCACAAGCACGGCUCCGACAAGCCGCUGGGCUUCUACAUCCGUGAUGGCGUCAGCGUACGUGUGGCCCCACAGGGUGUCGAGAAGGUGCCUGGCAUCUUCAUCUCCCGGCUAGUGAAGGGCGGCUUGGCUGAGAGCACGGGGCUGCUGGCGGUGAGCGAUGAGAUCCUGGAGGUCAACGGUAUCGACGUGGCCGGCAAGUCCCUGGACCAGGUGACGGACAUGAUGGUGGCCAACAGCCACAACCUCAUCAUCACCGUCAAGCCGGCCAACCAGCGCAACAACGUCAUCCGCAGCAGCAAGGCCUCGGGCAGCUCGGGCAUGUCCACGGACAGCACCCCCAGCCAGCAGACCCCCAGCCCGGCCUCGCAGUACCUGAGCAACUACAGCACGGCCGAGAGCGACGAGGAGGGCGACCUGGUCAUCGAGAGCGACAGCGCGCCCCACUACAUCCCUGGGGGCUGCCCCAACGGAGGCCCCGCAGACGGACCCCUCCAGCGGAGCCUGUCCCCACACAGCUCGCGGGGCUCCCUGCAGUCCCUCGGCAGCCACGACGGCAGCCCCAGCCGGGGCAGCGGGCAGGAGGAUGGCACCCUCCUCACCCUAUAG